UAGAAGCAGCUCUCAAUCUGGCUGUGGGUUAAAAGAAGCCAGGUACUAGGGCUGGUAAGGAACUCGAGAACCGGAAAAAAUAACUGUGGCAAUGACAGACCUCAGGCCCGAUGGACCAGGUCCAGCUCCCCCACAUCACUUCAGCACUUCUUUGUCCCUCUCCAGGUGGCCCCAACUGCUGACAAGAGAUGGUGAAUUUCCUAGUCUCCCUGGACUCCUCGCAGAGAGGAUCUCUGCCCAGCAGUCUCUUCUUCCACACCUACCUCCUUCUCCUCCUCCUUCUCCGGCCUGGGGAGCCAAACUCAGAGGAGAUCAAGGUGAUAGGCCCUGGGGAAUCCAUCCUGGCCCUCGUCGGGGAAGAGGUGGAGUUCCAGUGCCAACUGUCGUCGUCCCUGGACGCCGAGCACAUGGAGAUCCUGUGGUUCCGGGACCGGGACUCGGAGGUGGUCCACCUGUACCAGGAGCGCCAGGAGCGCCACAGCCGGCAGAUGGCGCAGUUCCAGAACAGGACCGAACUCCUCAAGGACCACAUCGCUGACGGCAGCGUGAUCUUGCAGCUCCACCGUGUGGCGCCCUCCGAUGAGGGCCGGUAUGGGUGCCGCUUCCUCUCCAGCGACUUCUCCGGUGAAGCUGUCUGGGAGCUGGAGGUAGCAGGGCUGGGCUCAGACCCUCACAUCUCCCUUGAGGGCUUCAAGGAAGGAGGUAUUCAGCUGAGGUGCACUUCCAGUGGCUGGUACCCCAAGCCGAAGGCUCAAUGGAGAGACCGUCAGGGACAGUGCCUGCCUCCAGAAUCCAAAGCCAUCGUCCAGGACGCCUGGGGCCUGUUCAGUCUGGAAACAUCUGUGGUUGUCCGAGUGGGGGCCCACAGCAACGUGUCCUGCUCCAUCGAGAACCCCCUGCUGAUCCAGAAGAAAGAGUUUAUGGUUCAGAUAGCAGACAUAUUUUUACCUGGAACCUCCCCAUGGAAGACAGCUUUCCUUGGGACUCUGGUGGGAUUGCUGCUCAUCCUAGCUCUUCUCACGAUUCUGGUGCUGUACUUCUUUCAGAAGCAACGGAGGUCCCAAGAAAAGCUGAUGAAGCAGGCAGAGAAGGAACAAGAGAAGCUUCAGAUGGAGCUGGACUGGAGAAGGGCAGAAGGCCAGGCUG